UCUAAAUCAUCAACCAUAACUUAUGCAGUUUAUCUUUCAGAUUGCAAUCACAUGUUCCCGUUUGCCGACCGUCUACCGAAAUAUCGUUUCAGCAAUACGCAAUUCCUACAGCAACAUUGUUUUUGUCAUAUUUACAAGAUAUACGCAGUUGCAGAAAUUGGCAUAUGGGACCAAGAACCGGUGUCAGGCCAGAGGGAAACGGAACAAUAUAUUUAACAAGACUGGACAGAAGCGCGUUUGCAUUUAAAAUAUGAACCCCACUUAUUGCCGCUAUUGGCUAGACUAGAACAACUGUGCAUGCAGGAGCCUAAUGCACCUGGCACAUGGUUCCCUCCCCUCGUUCGUUGCCCAGAACAGAGGCAGUUUUUUUGUCCAUAUGGCAUGGGAACCGGGUCGUCAGUCUAUUGGUCAAAAGACGGUCAUUUAGUCUCGAGCGAGUCCUCCAGUGGUUACAUCAGUGGCCAAUCAUCAGUCAUAUCUAUAUCAAGCAGAAAUACAGCAUCGCCACAACUCAGUAACCAAAGAACAAUUCCCUCGCCCACACCUCUAUCAAGACCAACCUCUGCAUCUAUCAGAUCAACUGCAGCACACUUAGCUCACCACAGUAGGCCAAAGACUCCAAGCAAUAGUUCCAGCAAUAGUUUGAAUAAAGACGCUACAAAGAUGACAGCAGUAAAACACCAUCAACCUCUUGGUACACGACCAUCUGUGAUUAUUGGUAACAUCGAGAAACAAAACUUGAAUAAAGAACUGGAACUUGAAGACAAUGUAAUCAAGAAGACGCCAGCUCUGAAAAACGUUUUUGCUGGGUUUGAAGAAGCUGAGAAAGCUCUAAGAGCAGAUAAGGAUCCGAACAACUUUGGAAGGUUGUUCAAGUUGUUGACUGACAAGGUUCUCAAUAUCUUUACAAAGUAUUCCAAAGAUGAUGAAAGAACGGUGAUGGCAAAUAAACUUGCACGAUCAAAUUUCGUUGAAGAAGUUAUAGAUUACUAUGGCUUUAUAUUGGAUGAGUUGGACAUUGAAGCCGUGCAGAAUGCUUUCAUCGAGGAGCUACAUGGGUUUGAGGCCAAUCCGCCAGGGGAAAAUGUGAAGGAAGGGUACAACCUCAUCCUCACAAUUCGCGAGAUUCUCUGGAAUUUCUCUGAUAGCAGUCAUAGAUUCUCCGAGACAAUAUCAGAGACAUCACUGUUCAGUAAAUUGGUGCAUGAUUUACAAGUCAUAUACGAACAUGAAUUUGAUGAAAUGCAAGAGGAGGGGAACCCAUUUGCCUUCAGUUCAGCUGUGGGGAUAUUACAUAACUGUGCCAGGAAUCCUGAUGUGAAUGAUGAGAAAUUCCGUAGUGUUGGUGCAGUCGAAGCACUCUCUCCUUUCUUGGAGUGCAAACUUGUGUAUGUGAAGAUGGUGACAGUUCUGGUUCUCGGCAACAUCGUCACAGAGCAGGAAGUCUCAAAGCUUGCAAUGGACGUUGACGUAAUCGACUUUCUACUUAAGGCCAUUGGCAAGGCCAUUAAUGCCAGGGACCGGAAGGAAGAAGGUUUUCACCUGACAGAGCUGAUUGAUGGAUUGGCAUCUAUGGCUCGCAGCGAUGAAAAUAAAAACAAGAUCAUGGCGAAGGAAGACAUUGCAGCAAUGACCCUGAAAAUUUUAAAUGGCAAGGAUUCCUCUGAGUCAGAAAUUUUGGCCAGUGUCAAGUUGAUCUGGGAGUUAUCUUUCCUUGGAGCGAUGAAACAGAAAUUUAUUGCAAACAAGCAGCUGAUGUCUUCAAUUGAGAAACUACAGAAAAGCGUGAACAAUGAUAUCAAGCUGGCAGCCGGGACCGCACACUUUGUCCUUCGUGGCAAAGACCAGAGGCUAGACUUGACACAGCGCGAGGAGAGCAACAGUCGGAGAGCGCCCCCUAUAGGCGGAGUUCCAGGAGCGGCAAGUAAACCGGCGGGAAAACAUAUCAUGAUCAGCUACUGCUGGAGCGAUAAGGAAAUGGUGCUCAGGAUCUACCAGGCAUUGGUAGCAGCUAACCUGAAGAUCUGGAUUGAUGUCCAGGAGAUGCACAAGUACAUGAAUGUGCUUGAAGGGAUGGCACGCGCCGUCGAGGAGGCCAGUAUCAUCCUCGUCUGCUUCUCCGAUAAAUAUAAGCAGAGCAGGAACUGUAGAACUGAGGCAGAAUACCUGUUUGCAAAACAGAAAGAGUUCAUUCCCCUGAAGAUGCAGCGUGGUUACCAGGCCGAUGGCUGGCUGGGUGCUCUGAUUGGUGUAAAACUGUAUAUAGAAUUCUCAAAUCACUAUCCCUUUGAUCAGAAGUUGAGGGAACUUUCAACCAAUAUUGUAAAACUCACAAAGCAACAAACGGAAGGGGAUUCCCCAUCACCACCACCUUUAACUCAAUCCGUCCGGAAACGAGAUUCAAGGCAGCCAUCGAAUCAAGACCCUGCCGUGAAAGACUGGAGCAAAACACAGGUUGAGAAAUGGACCAAGGAAAAUGGCAUGGAAGGUUCAUCUUUUAAGAAAGUGAGGCAACUUUCAGGAAGAAAUCUGCAAUAUCUUCACCAUGUGUAUGGAACGUCUACGGAAACAUUUUAUCGAUGGAUUGAGACAAAACUGGACCUGAAAACCCUGGAUGAUUUCAACACAUUUGAAGAUGCUGUUAGAGGGUUGAAAAUACACUGAAAGGCCUGUUAAAGACACUUAUGCAAAAGGCAAUUAUUUUCGGUCAUUUUUGCCAUAUAAAAUUUCAUGACUGUAAUGACACCAUUCAAGGGCUAUAUAUACAUCUAGUGCUCAGAAAUCUGUUCUCUUUAAUAAUUUUAGAUGUGCCAAAGACAUAUAUACAGUUGUAUGUCAGUUAGUAAUGAUCAGUAGCCUCUUUAUUUAACAUCUAAAACAUAUCUGGUAUGGAUACCCAUUUUAAUAGGGUCCAAAUACAGAUAGUUUUAUGAAUGUUAACCACGAUGCACGGUAUUAUAGUUACCAGUAAAUUUCUGGCCCCAAUUUCUCGAAACUUCUGAAGGUUAACAGGCUGAAGAAGCUUAUUUCAAUAAGCCAAGAUACAUAUUUCAAUUUGAUUUUAAGAAAUGGAAAAUGGUUUAUUAUGAUUAUCAUAAAUAUAAUUCUUAUUCGAAGCCUAAAAACUCUUACUGAUGUAUAAAACAAAUUAUUGAUAAACAAAAAACAGGGAGUUUACUGGGUAGCUUAAUCCUUUUUUAUGAGACUUAAGAAGUUUUGAGAAAUUGGGAGCAGUAGUCUUUGAUCAAGAGUUGAUUAAAAUUGUUUUUGUCAUUUAUACAGGGUCAUCUUUAUUGUUUCAGCUACUGGGCUUGUUCCCGUAGUGUUCAUUGUAUUAUUGACUUAAAAUGCAAAUUUUACAUUGCAUUUUUAAACUGACAUAUGACUAGAGUUUGACCAGUAUUCGUUGAUGACUAUGCCAUAAAGAAGACAUGGCAAUUGUUUUGUAUUUGUUUGAAAGUUAGCAUAACAUUAGUCUUUCUAUUUUAAAACAUUCAUUUGUGACAUGUGUGUACAUGUUAUUUUCUGUAUUUUGAUAUUUUUAUACAUAGCUUGUAUUAUUUUUACAUAAAGACAAUCUUGAGAGCAUUCUGUUGUGCAUUCCAGUGAUUAUUUUGUGUUGAAUAUUGUUAUUACAACAAACUUGUAUUAGAAUAUGGUAGUUAUAUCCAUCAUGCAUUUAUUACUGCAAGUAUAUGAUUGUGAUAAUAUUAGAAUGUGAUAGUGUUUUUUUUACAUGUCUCAAUUUGUCAAUAAAAUAAUGGUAGAUGCUUGACAUGGUAUGUAUUUUAUAUUGAUAUUUUGAUAAUGCUUUUAUACAUGAAGAAUAAUGGAUGAGUACAUUUCCAAUGUUGAGGUCACACGUGGAAUGUCAAAAUCCCAAUCAUGGGGAAUCACCUGCUUGCUCAAGUCCCCUAUAUGCCCGCCACCCCUGUUAGGGCAAAACAUUGAUAAUAGGUGUUGAAAGUUCAUUCAAUUCAAAUGUGAUCUACCAUCAGUUUGAACUGGCCUAGUUGUGCAAGUGUCCCUGGUUGGACCCCUGCUAGUGGCUCAUGGCCUCAAUUAUGGUAAAAUAAUCACCAAACACCAGUACAGGAAAUACGGCCAUACUCUUUUAUUUCUAUGUUUAUUGUCUGCGUGUGCUUUUGGUUUUAGUGUUAAAUACAAAUUUGCAAUGAAAAUAUGCAAUUAUCUUUAUAAUACCAUAAGAUGUUAUUUAUAUAUUUCCUUGCUAACAUUAACAACAGACUUGUUUUUUAAAGGAUUUUUUUAAUAGGUAGCUACAUUUAAAACAAUAAACAUAAAAAAGAACAUGGCAGCCUUAGUACGGGUACAUACCACAUAUAUCAGCAAUAUUUUUGAACAGAUAUUAUUGAUACAUAAAUGUAUUUGAAGUGAUGAUGUGAAUUGGUAGUUUUUUUUGCCAAAAAGAAUGUGCCAUAUCAUUUUAUUUUUGUUUGAUGUACUGUACAUUUGAAGCCAUUUUAAAUUUAACAUGUGCUGUGCCAUAACCGGAGUAUAUUUUCAAUAAAUGUUUUUUUUCCAAUA